AUUGCACAUCUCCAAUUUCAGCACUACAUCCUCGACCAUGCCACCCAAACCAACACAGAGGCUAUUCAGCCUCCCGCCGCGCUUCCUGUGUCCCUCCAUCCCACGCACCCUCAUCCGCACCUUCCGCACCUUCGCCCCCAUCGUGCCCGGCAAGCAAAGCAGAUUCAACUACGGCCACAACCUCCCCCUCCUCGGCGCCUCCAAACAAGCCGCCUUUCUCCGCAAAGAGAACAACCUCCCCCUUCGAACAGGCGCGCUCACCAUCAAGAAAGGCAUGACGGGCGUGUACGAUCCGGAGACGGGCAAGCGCACCCCCUGCACCGUGUUGCAGCUCGACCGCUGCCAGGUCAUCAGUCACAAGCGGCGAGACAAGCAUGGCUACUGGGCUGUGCAAGUUGGGUCUGGCACGAAAGAAGCGAGGAAUGUCACUCGUCCUGAGCGUGGACAUUUUGCUGCGCAUGAAGUGCCGCUUAAACGCCAUUUGGCGGAGUUCAGGGUCAAGAACGAGGAGGGCUUGCCGGCAGUUGGAAGUGUGAUCACAGCCGAUCUAUUUCAAGAAGGACAGUUCGUCGACGUGCGAGCGGUGACGCGAGGAAUGGGCUUCGCGGGCGGCAUGAAGCGAUGGGGAUGGGGCGGGCAGCCGGCGUCACACGGUACGUCGCUCACGCAUCGCGCCAUGGGUUCGGCAGGAGGCAGUCAAGGGAGUGGAUCGCGAGUACACCCGGGCAAACACAUGGCUGGGAGGAUGGGAGGGGAGAUGCACACGGUGCAGAAUUUGAAGGUGAUGAAGGUGGAUGCGGCGAAUGGGAUUGUGGUUGUGCAUGGCGCCGUGCCGGGGCCGAAGUACUCGAUUGUGAAGGUUCAGGAUGCGCUGAAGAAGCCUUGGCCGGAGGCUGAUGCGCUCGCGGGACUGUCUGUCGGUGGUGGCGGUGCUGGGCUGGCGGCGGCGGCGGCGGCUGAAGCGUGAUGGCAGACAUCGUGGAUACCGAGACAGGAGAAGAAAGGUAGCAUACGCCGCCUUGGACGUCAGGCAUUGCGCCACGAGGUCAUCAGAUCUGCUAAAGCAGGCAUGUGGCGGGGUCGCACGCGAUGCAAUGAAGGAAGUGACCUGAUCGCGAGCCGCACAGCUCUCUGACGUACACAAGGCUUCGCCAAACGUGGACACUAUUGUGUAGUGAACGCAACUUGGACAGCCACCGUGCCUGCGAGCGACGAGUCAGACCGCGCUCGCGUCCGCCAGAUGACGUUGUCGCAGCAUCUCAUCAUA